AUUAUUUAUUUAUUUAUUUUAUGGCGGAAGAAUGGAUCAUUGAAAGAUUGUACUUUAGAUCAUCCUACGAAAUAAGAGUAGUUGCCUGAUUUUUUUUAGGAGAAUAUAAUUCAUACAAUAGGAAAAGAUGUAGUGACUGUGUUUGAAACAUAGUAAAAUGAUGAUGUUGAGAUCAACAAACAUCCCAAUGGAAUUGAUUAAAUUAAAUAGAAUAAAACUUAUCUUCUUCUUGUUGCAUUUUUGGCAAUCAAACAGAGUAUUUCUCUUUUGAUUUUGCCAUCCAUGUACCAGAGAUAUAUUUGGCCAAAUACUUGAAGAAGGAAUGAAGAAUGUUGAAAAUGCCAUUCUGUCUGGAUGUUCAGCCGGUGGAUUAGCAUCGAUUUUGCAUUGUGAUAACUUCAAAGCUCUUGUUCCCAUGGUUGCUAAAGUAAAGUGUUUUGCCGAUGCAUGGUAUUUUAUUAACGCGAAGGAUAUCUCUGGAGCACCGCAUAUAGAGGAUUUCUAUUAUGAUGUUGUCAAGACACACAGUGAACCAACCAGACAGUGAACCAAUCACAGAGCCAGUGGGUGCAAGCAUUCCUACAAACCCCCCAUUUACGAUAUUAAUGUACCAGACUAGAUCAAAUUGGCAUUUAUAAAGGUACAUGGUUGAUUAUGGUGAAGUUCUGUUCUUGGUAAACUAUUAUUCCAGCAAUGUAUGUCUAUUUUAAGUUGUCGAACAAAAUCUUAUGCUCAACAAAGAAAGAUAAAGUUGGAUUGAAGUAAUUUCA